AUGGUAAUGGCAGUAUUAGCAAUCAUUAUUUUACUUUCAUUCUCAUUCAGAAUUUCAAGUUCUUUUUUUAUUUAUUUAUUUAGUUUCUUUUUUCCUUUCUUUAAUUAUUUUCCUUUUUACUUUCUUUAUUUAUUUUCCUUUUUUCUUUCUUCUUUUUUUUAUUUAUUUAUUUUCUUUCUUCCUUUCUUUAUUUUCCUUCUUUCUUUCGUUUUUAUUUAUUUUCCUUCUUUCUUUCUUUCUUAUUUAUUUUCCUUCUUUCUUUCUUCCUUCCUUCCUUUCUUUUUCUUUCUUUCUUCUUCCUUUAUUUUUCUUCCUUCUUUCUUUCUUUAUUUUUCUUUCUUUCUUCUUCCUUUAUAUAUUUUCCUUCUUUCUUUCUUUCUUUCUUUUUCUUUCUUUUUCUUCCUUCUUUCUUUCUUUCUUUACUUAUUUUCUUUCUUCCUUUCUUUCUUUAUUUUUUCUUUCUUUCUUUCUUUCUUUUUUCCUUUCUUCCGUUAUUUUCUUUAUUUUCUUCCUCUAUUUUGUUCCUUUAUUUUCCUCCUUUAUUUUCCUCCUUUAUUUUCUUUCUUUCUUUCUUUCUUUCUUUCUUUCUUUCUUUCUUUCUUUCUUUCUUUCUUUCUUUCUUUCUUUUUUCCUUUCUUUACUUAUUUUCCUUUUUACUUUCUUACUUUAUUUAUUUUCCUUUUUUUCUUUCUUCCUUUUUUUAUUUAUUUAUUUUCUUUCUUUCUUUAUUUUCCUUUUUUCUUUCUUUCUUUUUUAUUUAUUUUCCUUCUUUCUUUCUUUCUUUCUUCCUUCCUUUCUUUUUCUUUCUUUCUUCUUCCUUUAUAUAUUUUCCUUCUUUCGUUCUUUCUUUAUUUAUUUAUUUUUCUUCCUUCUUUCUUUCUUUCUUUACUUAUUUUCUUUCUUCCUUUCUUUAUUUAUUUUCUUUCCUUCUUCCUUUCUUUCUUUCUUUCUUUCUUUCUUUUUUCUUUUUUUCUUUCUUUCUUCCGUUAUUUUCUUUAUUUUUUCCUCUAUUUUCCUCUUUUAUUUUCCUCUUUUAUUUCCUCCUUUAUUUUCUUCUUUUAUUUUCUUUCUUUCUUUCUUUCUUUCUUUCUUUCUUUCUUUCUUUCUCUUUCUGUCUUUCUUUCUUUCUUUCUUUCUUCCGUUAUUUUCUUUAUUUUCUUCCUCUAUUUUCCUCCUUUAUUUUCUUCUUUUCUUUUCUUUCUUUCUUUCUUUCUUUCUUCCGUUAUUUUCUUUAUUUUCUUCCUUUAUUUUCCUCCUUUAUUUUCCUCUUUUAUUUUCUUACUUUCUUUCUUUUUUUCUUUCUUUCUGUCUUUCUUUCUUUCUUUCUUCCGUUAUUUUCUUUAUUUUCUUCCUUUUUUCUUUCUUUCUUUCUUUGUUUAUUUUCUUUCUUUAUUUCUUUCUUUCUUUCUUUCUUUCUUUUUCUUUCUAAUAUAUAGAUUCUCUAUUGCUCUAUAUUCCCCUCUCUUUAUUCUCUUAUCAACCCGCAUCUUGCUCCUCGCCAUUUUGCCAGACCUUUAG